GUGCAUGGGGCGCGGGGGUGGCCGCCCGCCGCCAGCUGCCAUGGCUCAGCUCGGCGAGGAGGACGAGCUGCCGGUGCCUGAAUCAGGUGCUCUUUUUACAUUUGGAAAAAGCAAAUUUGCAGAAGAUAUUCCUAGCAAGUUCUGGUUCAAAAAUGACGAGCCUGUACUUAUAUCAUGUGGAGAUGAACAUACUGCUGUUGUUACAGGGAAGGGUAAACUAUACAUGUUUGGCAGUAACAACUGGGGCCAGUUAGGACUAGGAUCAAAGAACACUGUCAGCAAACCAACAUGUGUUAAAGCUUUAAAACCAGAAAAAGUAAAACUUGCUGUUUGUGGAAGAAACCACACUUUAGUUUACACAGAAAAAGGAAAUGUUUAUGCUGCUGGAGGUAACACUGAAGGUCAACUCGGAUUAGGCGACACAGAGGAAAGGACCACAUUUCAUUUAAUUAGUUUUUUUACCAACCAGCACAAGAUCAAACAGUUAGCAGCUGGAUCAUACACCUCAGCAGCAGUAACUGAGGACGGGCAGCUUUUUGUGUGGGGUGACAAUUCAGAAGGUCAGAUUGGCUUGGCUGAUGAAUCCUUUGUCAGUGUCCCUUGUCAAGUGGAUGUUGGGAAACCUGUUUCCUCGGUAUCCUGUGGAUAUUAUCAUUCUGCCUUGAUAACAGGAGAUGGAGAGCUCUACACUUUUGGAGAACCUGGGAAUGGAAAACUGGGAUUAUUGCCUGAACAGCUGAAGAACAGUAGAGUCCCACAGCCUGUACUGGGAAUUACAGAAAAGGUUGAUAAGGUUGCUUGUGGAGGAGAACACACAGUGGCACUGACAGAGACAGAUGUAUAUACUUUUGGACUUGGACAAUAUGGGCAGCUGGGACAUGGUACUUAUAUUUUUGAAACUUCAGUACCAAAGUCUGUGAAACACUUAAAGAAGCAUAAAAUAUGUAACGUUACAUGUGGAGAAAAUCACACUGCUGUAAUAGCAGAGAAUGGCCUCAUGUUUACUUUUGGAAAUGGGCGGCACGGCAAGCUGGGCCUUGGAGAACAGAGUUGCACAAAUCAGUUUGAUCCUACUCUGUGUUGCAAUUUCUUGCAGUUCACAGUUCUUUCGGUUGCUUGUGGUGGUUGUCACAUGCUAGUUUUUGCUGCUCCAAGGCCUAAAGGAUCUGAAGAGGUACUUUUAGAAGAUUUAUGUGAGAACCAUUUGACUUCUACUAUCUCUAAAAUCAGUGGAUAUUCACUAACAAACACCUUAAAACUAACAUCAGCACGAAUGCGACGUCGAGAAAGGUCACCAGAACAGUUUAUGCAAAUGGCACAAACUCUGCCUCCACUGGGAGAAGGCUUCUUAAGAUCUUCAUUGCCUGUGACUAGCAACACUAGCCCACUCCGUUUUGCUGCAACUAGUCUCCCCAAAGCUGAGCCUCUGAAGGAUAGAGACCAUGAAAAAGAAAAGAAUUAUCAAAAUGAUAAAUAUGGUGAGGACUCUGCAGAAGAUUCAGAUAAUGAGAAUAUUGACAGAAACCUUGGAGAUAGAACUGACGUCCUAAAUAUGACACAUGCAAUGGUAUUCAAUCCCAGUGACCAGUCGUUAACAUUUUCACCACUCCAAAAGCAAAAGAAGAACAAUAAAAAUGUGAAACUGAAAAGAGAUGUUAAAGGUGGGCUGAAAAGCAAGGAUUCCGAUUUCAUGAAGGACAGCUCAAAAUUAGAAUCUAGCUCUUUACAAAAGCAAUCUUCACUUUCAGAGUCACCAGGACAAGAUUUAGAAAAAAGUAGUGUCUUCACAGGGAAGGCUGUGGCCAAAAAAAAUGCAAGGAAAGGUAAAUCUGAGCAUGUAAAAAGCACUAGUACUUUGAAAAGUGGUGCCCAACAAAUGACUAGGGACAAAUGCAGGUUAGUGAAAAGGGAAAAAGAAUAUGCAGAGACUACAGAAUUUGUCAGAGAUGAUGUAGCUUACAGUCAUACUGCUGGAAAACAAAUUCUGACUGAAAAAUCGAAUUCUUCCUAUAAAAAGUCAAAAGCUAUUGAAUCUAAGCAAUUCCUUCAAAUAGAUGUACUUCCUUCUGCAUCCAGAGAUCAGCCCCAGACUGAUUCAUUGACUGUACGAAAAUAUAACCCUACUAAAAAGCAAGGAAGUCAAGAAGCAAUAGAAAGUCAAAACAAAACAAAGGAUGUUGUAGAAAAAUCAGAUAAAUUUGAAAGAAUAUGUCUCAGAGAAAAAAGUGUUGAAGAGCAGAGAAAGUUAAAAAAAAAGGAUCCCGUUUUGAAACAAAUAUCUUUAUCUAUGUCAUCAUCUUCAACUGAAGAAAGUAGUAAUGAUCUUCCAAAAUACAUACUUAAGGGUAUGGAAAAAGUAGAGGACUAUUAUGAAGGCAGGGAAGUCCAGAAGGAGAUGAAAAUGGUAGAUAAAGUGAAAGAUUCGGACACAGAAAGAGAAAAUGGUGAGAUGGAGGAGAUGCAAGCUACAAGCAAUGAGAAAGAAUAUGUAGAAGAAACUGAAAUAAAAAGUCUGAAUGAGGAAGAAACAAUCUCUGAACCUCAAUCUGAUGAAGACAAGCAGUUAGAAGUUGAGAAUGCGGACGAAUCUAAUCAAGAACAGGAGAAUGAAGGUGAAAGUAUAAAAGAAAAUCUAGAUGAAACACUUGGCAGUGCAAGUGAACUAGGAGAGGAGGAAGAGAUUGAGGUUAAAAAAAAUAGAGAUAAAGUUUCAGUAGAAAGGGAUGAUGAGGAAGAGGAAAAAGAUAAUGAAAAAGAAAAUGAAAAAGAGGAAUCACAGGCUGAAAGAGACAGUGAGAAUGAGGAUGCAGAAGAGACUGAAGGGAUUAAUCAGGAAGAUGGCAAAGAGCAAGGAGAUGAGGAAGGCAGGUUGAUGGAGGAAGAGGAAAUUGAAAGGGAGAAUGAGGAAGUCAAAAAGGAUGAAGAGGAGGAGUUAGAAGAAUCAUUGUCAAGAGAAAAGGAGGAACAGGUUAAAAGUGAGGGAAGAGAUGAGAGUGAGGAAGGAGAUGACGAUAAAGAGGAGGAAGAAGAAGAGGUAGAGGCGGAAGAGGAAGGAGAAAAUGAAAAGGAAAAUAAAGAAGAAAACAAAGAAAGGGAAAAUGAAAAAGACAAAGAGGGUGAAGAGGAGGAGUUAGAAGAAUCAUUGACGGGUAGGGAAGAAGAUGUAUCCGAAGAAGAACAGGAAGAUGCAAAUAGGCAGAAUAAGGCAGUUGAGGAAGGAGUAGAAGAAGAAAGAGAAGAGAGGGAGGAUAAAGUGGAAGAAGAAAGAGAGGAUGAAGAAGAGGAAGGAGCAGAGGCAGAAGCAGAAGGGGAAGACGAUGAAAGCAAGGAAGAAGAAGAGUGGCAAAAUGAAGAGGAAGAAGAUGAGGAAGUAGGGGACAAGGAAGAUGGUGAAGAGGGAAUGGAAGAAGGUGAGGUAGAAGAGGAAGUGGAAGAAGAUGAGGGAGAAGAGGGAGUGGAAGAAGAUGUGGAAGAAGAGGGAGAGGAAGAAGAGGGACUGGAAGAAGAUGAGGGAGAAGAGGGAGUGGAAGAAGAGGGACUGGAAGAAGAUGAGGGAGAAGAGGGAGAGGAAGAAGACGCAGAUGAAGAAGAGGGAGAGGAAGAAGAGGCAGAUGAGGAAGAGGGAGAGGAAGAAGAGGCAGAUGAGGAAGAGGGAGGAGAGGAAGGGGAAGAGGGAGAAGACAAAGGUGAAGAAGGAGAGGAAGAACAGGAAGAGGGAGAGGGGGAAGAAGGAGAAGAGCAACAAGAAAAUAUAGGAGAGGAGGAAGAAGAGGAUGAGGGAGAGGGGGAAGAAGGAGAAAAAGAGGAAGAAGCAAAAAGUGAAAGAAAAAAAUAUAGUAAUAAGCUUCCACAAAAGAAAAACAAAACCAGGAAGCCAGAGAAGACAGAAAGUACUACUUUACCAAACAGCUCUAAACAAAAAAUGAAGUCAAAACAGCAUGUAGCAAAUGGUUUACGUAAUUCAGAACAAUUUUGGAACAAUGUGCUACCUCAUUAUUUAACACUGAAGUAG